AUGGAGGCGAUUCAGACCCAUCCCACGAGUGCGGCGCAGGCCAAGGCUUUCACCGCGCCUGGCUCCCUCUCAUUCCCCGGCGGCGCUCACGAGCUUCCUCCCCAGGCGAACGGCGAUAAGGCGGCCGUCAAUGGACAAAUCCCUGUGCCCAACGGCCAGCAGCCUGCAAAUGGUACCGGGGUGACGCCCGCGACACCUGCUGCGACGCCGGCCGCGACACAGGGUGGCAGUGGCUUGACUCCUACGUUGCAGAACAUCGUUGCCACGGUAAACUUGGAUUGCCGCCUGGACCUCAAGACGAUUGCCCUGCAUGCGAGAAACGCAGAGUACAACCCUAAGCGUUUCGCUGCCGUCAUCAUGCGUAUUCGUGAGCCCAAGACCACUGCCCUGAUCUUCGCUUCCGGCAAGAUGGUCGUCACCGGUGCCAAGUCUGAGGAUGACUCGAAGCUUGCAUCCCGCAAGUACGCCCGUAUCAUCCAGAAGCUUGGCUUCAACGCCAAGUUCACGGACUUCAAGAUUCAGAAUAUUGUCGGCUCUUGCGAUAUCAAGUUCCCCAUUCGCUUGGAGGGUCUCGCUUCGCGCCAUCACAACUUCAGUUCUUACGAGCCUGAACUGUUCCCUGGUCUCAUCUACCGCAUGAUCAAGCCCAAGAUUGUGCUUCUCAUCUUCGUCAGCGGUAAGAUCGUCCUUACCGGUGCCAAGGUGCGCGAGGAGAUUUACCAGGCCUUCGAGAUGAUCUAUCCCGUGCUUCAGGAUUUCCGCAAGGUCUAA